AUGGCGGCGGCGCUGAGGGGCCGCGCGCGCCCGGGCGGGGCCGCGGCGCUGUGGCGGCUGCAGAGGCGGCGGCGCAGCUCGUUCGACGUGGCCGUGGUGGGCGCGGGGAUCGUGGGGCUGGCGGCGGCCCGGGAGCUCAUCCAGCGCCAUCCCUCGCUGGCCUUCGCCGUGCUGGAGAAGGAGCAGGAGCCGGCCCAUCACCAGAGUGGACACAACAGCGGUGUGAUCCACAGUGGGAUUUACUACACCCCUGGCUCCCUGAAGGCCAAGCUCUGCGUGCAGGGGGCAGCCCUGUGCUACAAAUACUGUGACCAGAAGGGGAUUCCCUACAAACAGUGUGGGAAGCUGAUUGUGGCUGUGGAGCAGGAUGAAAUUCCAAGGCUCAAAGCUCUGUAUGAGAGGGGGCUGCAGAACAAUGUCCCAGGACUGAAACUCAUUGGAGCCAAGGAAAUCCAGGAGAAGGAGCCCUUCUGCAGGGGACUGAUGGCCCUUGAUUCUCCCUACACUGGCAUUGUGGAUUACAAACAAGUGGCCCAGUCCUAUGCCAGAGACUUCCAGGAAGCAGGUGGGACCAUCUUGACUGAUUUUGAAGUCACAAACAUGGAGAUGGCCAAAGAAAGUUCUGCAGAAAGUGAAGAUGGGCUGAAAUACCCAGUGAUUGUUAGGAACAAAAAGGGUGAGGAGAUCUCCUGUGGGCACAUUUUGACCUGUGCAGGGCUUCACUCCGACCGCCUGUCCCAGAUCAGCGGCUGCAGCCCCGAGCCCAGGAUUGUCCCAUUCCGGGGGGAUUAUUUGGUGCUAAAGCCAGAAAAGUCUUACUUGGUGAAAGGAAAUAUUUAUCCAGUUCCCAACCCUCGUUUCCCAUUCCUGGGAUUCCAUUUCACUCCCAGGAUGGAUGGCAGCAUUUGGCUUGGCCCUAAUGCAGUGCUGGCCUUUAAGAGAGAGGGCUACAAACUCUUGGACUUCAGCCCUGGAGACUUCUUGGAUGCUGUGACCUACAGUGGGCUGUGGAAGCUGGUGCUGAGGAACGUGUCCUACGGCCUGGGGGAGCUGUACAGAGCCUUCUCCCUCAGUGCCCAGGUGAGGCAGCUGCAGAAGUUCAUCCCUGAGGUCACCACCAAUGAUGUUCUCAGGGGUCCCUCUGGUGUGAGAGCCCAGGCCCUGGACAGCGAGGGCAACCUGGUGGAUGAUUUUGUGUUCGACGGGGGCUCGGGGGCCGUGGGCAGCCGGGUGCUGCACGUCAGGAACGCUCCGUCCCCCGCCGCCACCUCCUCCCUGGCCAUCGCCGCCGCCAUCGCCGACGAGGCCCAGCGGCGCUUCCAGCUCUGAAUCCCGGAAUUCCAGCAGGAAUCCUGCCCCUCUGCCGCCUGGGGUUCAUCCUCAGGGACACCCAGGUAGUGCCCAGGCAGCCUUGGCUCUGUGCCCACAGCCAUGGCAGGGUGUGCAGCACAGGCAGAGGAGGGACGCUGGGUGUCCCUCUGGUGGGAUUUUCCAUGGAUUUGCCGUGCCUGUGCUCACAGCCUUGCCUCCUCACAGGGCUCUGAAAAGGCAUGGGCGUGGGGUGGCUCUGUGUGUGCUCUGGUUCCAUUGGAAUUGGAGUCUGCAGCCCUCUGGAUGCCAUGGAAUAAUGGAAUAGAAGGAUAAGCCCUGCUGAUGUGGAAUUAAAGGCUUUAUCAGAGACUGAGAACAAUAUUCAGAGCCUUCGACGUGAAUGUAGAGUAUUUCACAGAAAAAUAAGCUUAAAGAGGAUUACCAAACCCAAGUCAAUUUAGAUCUGCAAUUCAGAUACUCUGUCUGAUCGCUGUCUGUACUUUUUACAAAGCAGAAAUCAAAAUAUGGAUAUAAACAAUUACUUUUCAUUUAAUUUACAGCUGGGAUAUCAGCACUGAUCAGGAACUUCAUCAGUGUUUUUGGGUUUCUUCCUUUGAAUGCUGAUGAUGCAAAAGGAGCUGAUCUUUGUCCAGCCAGUUGAGCAAUCCAGGGAAAAUGGUCUUUGGAACAGGAAAUGUGAAGGGAGGGAAGCUCCAGAAACAUGCCUUGAGUCAUGUUUGAUGUUGCUUCCCUUGGAGCCCGAGCAGGGAUGAGUCAGGAAGGUUUCCCAUUUUCCCAGAGCACAAGGGGAGCUCAGACAGUGCUGGUGUCCCCUCUGAACUCCACUGAUACCCAGUUUUUAUCAGGGAUACACCUGGAGGAGUCUGUGAGGAGGGAGAGGUGAACUCAGUGCUGAGCUGAGGCUCUGGGAGUGUCCUGCAGAAUUGCUGUAAAGCAGAAUUUUGUGGCCUCAGGGACAAAGUAUCGAGGAUUUUACAGCAGCUGCUGGGUAACACAGAUAAUUGUGGGGAGUUUGUACCAGAAAAUUGGACAUUAAUUUUUCCUUAAAAAGUUCUUUUCUGAGCUCCUCUGAUGGGAGUGGGUUAGCACAGGAGGGCAGCUGUGAGGCUGUACAGAUUGGAGACACUUUUUUGAGGGGAAAAAUGGCUUAAUCUGCCUUUUUUAAGUUGAUGUUGUUGUUAUUCCUUUUUUUCCCGAUAACAUCUACUUUACCAGCGACUUGACUGCUGGAAAUUCAAAUACCAAAGUUUUGGUCACUUCAGGCAGAGAUUCAGCUGUUCCAAGCCUUCCAAUGCCACAGGGCUCUGUAAAUCUUCCCACAGUGGAACAAUCCUAUCUUCCCUCCCUGCCAGAAGUGUUGCCUAUCAACAGUAAAUCCUACAAAAGGAUUGCAAAAGCCACUUCCUCCCACAUGGGGUGUGGCCCUGACAUGUAUUAACAGAAUAAAGAACAUUAAAAUGCAAAGCAGACAGAGACCAGGGGGAGUCCUGAGUCAGCAUUUCCCUCUGCACUGCUUUUUCCUCUCAGGUGAUGAUUGUUUGGGGGUAAAAAUUUGUUUGGGUUUUUAUUUGAAACUUAAAUUAUGAGCCUUGAUGCAGCAGUCUGUGAAAUGAGGACUUUUCAGAGAUAAAAGUUUUACACUUUUGUUAUAAAUAUGAUGUCAGGGUUUUAGGCAUGAAUCUUGUUGCUGACAAAGUGUGAAAAUGUAUUAAAUUAUCUUCCAAAUGA